GCAGUGUGUUGUUUUCUGCAAUGGGUGUAAAGAUAUGAUUGCCAUGGAGGAUAUUUACUGACAGUUGGUUGGCAUGAAGAUAGUUUACACUCCCUGUUUUUUUUUUUGCCAGGUGUGCAAUAUUCAGAUCUGAAGCAGGAAAGGAAUUCCAGAUCCAGCCAGGGUGGAUUUACUGUGCCUGCCAGCAGCUCCUUAAAGAUGCUGGUUUUCCCCACCCUCUGAACUGUAGCUGAAUGGUAAACAUAUUUUCCAGAGACCAUGUCCAUUAUGUUAUCACCCGGGUGCUUCUUGAUUACUGGAGGCUUGAGAACAUAGCUGAAGCUGCUACUUCACACCCCGAGGCUGAAGGAGCAGACAAGAGGCUUGAACCUUGAGGUGGUGGUUAACUCUAAGAUGUCCUUGAGCGGUGGAGCUACCGGAGGGAAAGGAGUGGAUGCAAACCCAGUUGAGACAUAUGACAGUGGGGAUGAAUGGGACAUUGGAGUAGGGAAUCUCAUCAUUGACCUGGACGCGGAUUUGGAGAAGGACCAACAGAAAUUAGAAAUGUCUGGCUCCAAGGAGGUGGGCCUGCCAGCCCCAAAUGCUGUGGCGACAUUACCAGAGAACAUCAAGUUUGUGACUCCAGUGCCAGGUCCACAGAGCAAGGAAGGGAAAUCCAAAUCCAAACGGAGUAAGAGUAGCAAGGACAACGGCAAGGCUGCCCCGGGAUCCUCCCUGUUUACGCCAAGUGAAGGGACCACUGGCAAGAAGGAGGUUCAGGGGCGCUCAGGGGAUGGUGUGAACACUGGGGGUUUGGUGGCCACCAUUGCCCCCAAAGGCUCUGAGAAAUCAGCCAAGACUUCUCGCAGCGUGGCGAACUCCAAGAAGGAGAAGGAAGGUGGCUCUUCCAAGAGUAAGAAAGAAAGGAGUGAGGGUGUGGGUGCUCCCGCAGAAAAGGAGCCCACUGUACUCCAACCUCUUGCCUUGGCGGUCAGGGUGGGGCAAUACGAUGGUGGCCAAGGAUCGGAUCCUACCGCUGCCGCCGAGCAGCUUGGAGGUAUAGCUAUUGACACGGGAUCUGCGCUCAAUCCCUUGGGAGUUAAAUCAGAACUGGAAGACGGGGACAGCGAGUGCCGACAGCUCAAAAAAGUCAAAUCGGAGAAGAUGGAGUCUCCUGUGUCCACCCCUGCAGUGCUACCACUGCAUCUUCUUGUCCCCGUUGUUAACAGUGAUAUCUCAUCACCUUGUGAACAGAUAAUGGUACGCACUCGCUCUGUAGGGGUGAACACCUGUGAUGUGGCGCUAGCUACUGAACCAGAGUGCCUGGGCCCCUGUGAACCUGGCACCAGCGUUAAUCUGGAAGGCAUCGUAUGGCAGGAGACAGAAGACGGCAUGCUGGUGGUGAACGUUACCUGGAGGAAUAAGACAUAUGUGGGAACACUACUGGAUUGCACACAGCAUGAUUGGGCACCACCCAGAUUCUGUGACUCUCCCACCAGUGACCUGGAGAUGCGGAAUGGCCGUGGGAGGGGCAAGCGUGUGCGUCCCAACAGCAACCCUCCAGUGGCCGAAAGCACAGCAGCCACGGAUACCAAAAGUUCCAGCAACAGUAGCAAGACUCGGGCAGGGACCAACAGCAAAGGACGCCGAGGAAGCCAGAACUCCUCGGAGCACCGCCUCCCCACCAGUGGCACUUCGGAAGAGGUCAAGGCCAGCCCUUCUUCCGUGACCAAGCGAAAGAGCAAGCCUCUCUCUGACAUGGAAGUGAAUUCCAGUUCUGAGGACUCCAAGGGAAGCAAACGUGUCCGCACAAAUUCCAUGGGCUCAACGACGACACCUUUAGUUGUGGCGGCAGCUGCGGCGGCAGCAGCAGCCAACACAGCCGUCAAAGUGGAGCCUGCCAUUUUGGAUAGGAACUGUCCCUCUCCUAUACUCAUUGACUGCCCCCAUCCCAACUGCAGCAAAAAAUACAAGCACAUUAAUGGACUCAAGUAUCACCAGGCCCAUGCGCAUACUGAUGACGACAGCAAGCCUGAGGCCGAUGGGGAUAGUGAGUAUGGAGAGGACCCCUCUCUUCCGACUGACUUGAGCAGCUGCAACGGUGCUUCCGGGAGCCAGAAGGGCUCCCUUUCCCCAGCCCGCUCAACGACGCCCAAAGUGCGGCUGUUAGAACCGCACAGUCCCUCGCCAUCCAACAAGUUCAACCUCAAAGCCACUUGCAAGAAGAAAUUAGUUGCCGAAGGUGAUCCCGAUUCUGGUGCUCUUUCUAAUGACGGUUCUGAGGAUGGUCCUUUGAUACCCGACGAGACGAGCAACGACGGCUUUGACUCUGUAGAAAAGAGGACGGGGGAGAAAGAAAAGACGAAAAAGCUGGUCGGCAUCAAGGCCGAGAAGAUCAGUUCCAAGAGCAUCAAGUCUGCCCGGCCCAUCGCCCCAGCCAUCCCCCCUCAGAUCUACACUUUCCAGGCAGCCACGUUCACCGCUGCUAGCCCUGGCUCCUCCACGGGUCUCACCACGACUGUCGUGCAGGCCAUGCCCAACAGCCCCCAGCUGAAGCCCAUUCAGCCUAAGCCAACGGUAAUGGGCGAGCCUUUCGCCGUCAGCCCAACACUGACCCCCGUCAAGGACAAGAAAAAGAAAGACAAGAAAAAAAAGGAACCCAAGGAAGUGGAGAGCCCCUUGACCCCCGGGAAAGGGUGUCGGGCUGAGGAAGGCAAAAGUCCCUUCCGCGGGGAGCCCGGCGAUCUCGGGGCGAAGGGAGAGAGCCUCCUCAACGGUUCCUCUGACCCCCACCAGAGCCGCCUGGCCAGCAUCAAGGCCGAGGCAGAUAAAAUCUACAGUUUCACUGACAAUGCCCCAAGCCCGUCAAUCGGGGGGACCAGCCGGCUAGACAGUACGGCUCCCGCCCAGCCCAUGACUCCCCUUCAUGUGGUCACCCAAAAUGGGGCCGAAGCCAGCUCCGUGAAGACAAAUAGCCCUGCCUACUCCGACAUCUCAGACGCCGGGGAGGAUGGGGAAGGGAAGUUGGAGAGCAUGAAGGCCAAGGACCCUGAUCAGAUGGCCAAGGAAGGGGCCAAGAAAGCCCUCUUCCCUGCUCAGCCCCAGAGCAAGGAAUCUCCGUAUUACCCAGGUUUUGAGGCCUACUAUUCGCCAGGUUACGCCCAGUCGAGCUCCAGCCCCAUUAACCCCAGCAACCAAACGUCCAUCGAUAGCCAGGCGCUGAAGCUGAAGAAAGACGAAGAGCCACCGAGCCCAGAGGUAAAGGUGAAGAAUGAGGCCUGCGAGGAGAAGAAGGCCGAGUUGGGCCCCUCCAGCCAGCAGCCCUCUGUCAUCCAGCAGAGGUCCAACAUGUACAUGCAGUCCCUGUAUUACAACCAAUACGCCUACGUGCCUCCCUACGGCUACAGCGAGCAAGGCUAUCACACCCACUUGCUCAGCACGAACCCAGCCUAUCGGCAACAGUACGAAGAUCAGCAGAAGCAGCGCCAGAGUCUGGAGCAGCAGCAGCAGCAGCAGCAGCGUGCGCUGGACAAAAAGGUGGACCUGGGCCUGAAGGAAAGAGAGGUGAUCCUGAAGGAGGAGUGGAAGCAGAAGGCUUCUCUCCCACCCACUCUGACCAAAGCACCCAGCUUAACUGACCUGGUCAAACCUGGACUCAGUAAGGCCAAGGACCAAGGAAGUGAUGUAGCCAAGUCGGUCAUUAUCCCCAAAUUAGAGGACUCCACAAAACUCCAAGGCCAGGCUCUAGAAGGCCUCAAGGGGAAAUUAAACGAAAGCCAUCUCGGCAAAGAGACGGCAGACUCGAAGGCAGGUUUGGACUGUGGUCGGCAGGCUGAGGUGGACCCGGUACUUUGGUACAGACAGGAGGCUGAACCCCGCAUGUGGACAUACGUUUACCCCGCUAAAUACCCUGACAUCAAAAUGGAGGAUGAGCGGUGGAAGGAAGAGAGGGAGCGAAAGUUAAAAGAGGAGAGGAGCCGCGGCAAAGAAUCCCUCGGGAAGGAGGACGGGAAAGAGAGCAUCAACUCUGACUGCAAAAUGCCUUCCAGCGAGGACUCGCGCCUAAUGGGGAAAGACGCCAGAUCCGGCACCCAUGUGCCCGUGUCCUCCCCCCUCACCCAGCACCAGUCCUACAUCCCCUACAUGCACGGCUACUCCUACAGUCAGUCGUACGACCCCGGCCAUCCCAGUUAUCGUGGCAUGCCAACUGUCAUGAUGCAGAACUAUCCAGGCUCUUACCUUCCUUCCAGCUACUCCUUCUCCCCGUACGGCAGCAAAUCCUCGGGAAGCGAAGAGAGCGAAAAAUCCCGAGCUAGUCCUAUUAUCGGCUGUAAAUCCAGCUCUGAAUCCAAGGCCCUGGACAUCUUGCAGCAACACGCCAGCCACUACAAGAGCAAAUCCCCAACGAUAAGCGAGAAGGCCUCUCAGGAGCGCAGCGGCUGCGGGAUAGGAGGAAGCAGCGCAGGCUGCAGCAGCCUAGGGGGAGCCAGUGGCGCGGAGAGAAGCGUUGACCGGCCUCGCUCCUCCCCUUCACAGCGUCUGAUGUCUACGCAUCACCAUCAUC